UCAAUGCAAUUGUUAUUGAUCACACUUGCUUAAUGCCAACUGACGAAGAUCUUCUUGGAUCGAAGUACUUCUUCUGCUUUGACUAUCCUGUACUCGAAGAACUCGCCUUCAUGAGUGACCUCAGCCCACAUGUCAUAAAUCAUAAAUGGCUCUGAGAAAUUGUAUUUGUUAUUGGCGAAUGGCAUCGUCUUGAAAUGCAAUGUCAUCAUAGCUCCCGAUUCUACAUCUUCGAACUUGUAGAAUCAAUUCGUGGUGUUAAAGUCUGUGUUGAAGAACUUCACAAUGGUAGUCUUGUACUCUGGGAAGUAUGGGUUGCCACGUCCCUUGUCCUCUCCUGGUUGUAGUCAACAAUGUGGUAUGUUUCAGGAGUGAGCAAUUUCUUCAACUUCUCAUCGCUGAAAAUAGUAUCUAAUACAUUGAUCUCAUCAACAGCAGCUGUGCAGCUCUGCCCCUAUAGUCAUCUCAAGCUGAGGUGACUUA